CCUCGCUCGCUGCACCGACUCCAGUUAACGUCCACUCCGGGCGAGCCGCGCGCGCAUCGCCGCCGCCUCUUUGGGGUGCUUUGGUUUCGCCUGUGGCUUCAUUUUUAGGCGACGGGCUCGGGUAUCCAACGGUGCCCUCCCUGCGUAUGGACCGUCUCUGCCACAGCGGGCGAACAAAGCGCAUCACGCUCUCCAGAGAACUGAACCACGGAUGUGUUUUUGGUCUGUAAGUACUCAGGAUAACCAUUUGGCUUCUUUGGUUGUGUUCGUUUUUAUUUAUUUGAUUUUCUUGUUGCUAGGCCGCCGUGUAAGUGUGUAGUUCCCUUGGAAAGAACGCGCUGUUAAAGAUGGAUACGUUUCUUCUCAGUCCGAUGGAUAGGCAUGUUAUUUAGGGGAACAUCUGAUCCCGAUGCUGGACAAAAAAAAAUAAUGGCAAGAUUUUGGAAAGCGCUGGUCACGUUAUUGGUUUCCUGGGAGUAGAUCCGGUCUGUGUCGAUGCUUGAAAUCACCCGAACACAGUCCACUACUGCAGCGCCCAUACAAUCAACUCGUUGAAAUACCACAUGACAGAAAUACAUCCGAGCUGAUCAAAAUCUGACAAACAAACCACCGGCAAAAUUAAAAACACUAUGGAUCACACCGGGACCGAGGAGGUGAACCCGACGCACCAGCAGCAGCAUGAGCCCAUCAGCUUCGGCAUCGACCAGAUCCUCAACAGCUCGGACCAGUCGAGCGGCUGCAUGCUGCCCAACCGGACCGGCGACCCGGAUUACGCGCUGGCCCCCAACGUCUACAGCAACGGGUACAACAGCGUCUACAACCCGGCCUGCUCCAUGGCGGCGGGUCUGGCCGGCUCCUACAACGUCAACAUGAACAUGAACGUCAGCAUGAACAUGAACAUGAACGUCAACGUGAACUCGGGAGGCGCCGGAGGGGUGAUCCGGGUGCCGGCGCACAGGCCCAUGCCGCCUCCUCCUCCUCCGCCGCCCGCCGCCGCCGCCGCGCCGCACCCGCCCCCCUCCGCGCACCCGCCGUGCAUCGGGCCCGGCAUCGCCUCGGUUCCCGGCAUGGGGAUGGGGAACGGGACGAACUUCACCUUCCCGUGGAUGGAGAGCAGUAGGAGGUUUGCCAAGGACAGACUAACAGGGGAGCAGGCAGAGGAGAGCCGAGCUGGAGAGGCCACAGGGGGCCCGGGCCCCGCCGGGUCCCUCUGUCCUCUCCCAAAGGGAGACAUCGGCAGGGUCCCCGUCUGGAGCACCGUGGAGACGUUAGCUAAAUGCUAUUACCCCGAGCUCGCUCACCUGCGGGAGGGCAGUGGCCUUCUGGCAGACUACCCCUUUCCAAAGGGGGCGUGUCCAGCAGCGCUGUCCCCCUUCUCCGUGACCCGGCGCAUCGGCCACCCCUACCAGAACCGGACGCCGCCCAAGAGGAAAAAGCCUCGCACCUCCUUCAGCCGGGUGCAGAUCUGCGAGCUGGAGAAGCGGUUCCAUCGCCAGAAGUACCUGGCGUCUGCCGAGCGCGCCACCUUGGCCAAGGCCCUGAAGAUGACCGACGCACAGGUCAAGACCUGGUUUCAGAACCGGCGGACAAAAUGGCGGAGACAGACUGCAGAGGAGAGAGAGGCCGAGAGGCAGCAGGCCAACCGGCUGAUGCUGCAGCUUCAGCAGGAAGCUUUCCAGAAGACGUUGAGCCAACCCCUGCAGCCCGACCCCCUCUGCCUGCACAACUCCUCCCUCUACGCCCUGCAGAACCUGCAGCCCUGGGCGGAUGACAGUAAGUUGACGGUCUAAAAGAGAGGAGGGCACUUUACCCAUAAGUGCCGGGGGGAACAAAUGGACACCUCUGUACAUGUCCAACUACCAAGACUGCCCCCCC